GUUCGGCAAUGGAAAUGUUGUAUUCAAUUAUGAGAUAUGCAAUAAAUUACUCCCAGUGUUUUGAAUUGCUAUAAUCCAUGCGUUUAUAAUACCCGCACUGCUACUACCUCUUGACUUAUGUAACUAACUGUAAUCCUCACACCGCUCCAAGUGCAGCCUGCCACAACCUCUCUUUUUAAUCUGAGACACCUGAGGUGGAUUACGCAAAUCCCUCUGCGUGAGAGAUAGACGUAUACUCCUGACAUUCAGUCCGCGAGUAACAGGAUUUUGUACACAUACCACGGAGGUUGAAAAAACAGGUUUGAGUAUCCCUUACAGAGGCACGUCAAAUCUUUCACUAUAAAACAGUUAAUGUGAUUUGGGGCCACUUGUGAAGUACUCAGUUAUCUUUGGCCAAACACGGAGAAGUCACGAUGGCUCUCCCUUGCAAGAAGUACUUGGAUCUGGUGCGGGAAUGCGACGGGUUUCCCUACCCAGACGAAGAAGGCUACAUAGACAUAGUGUCAAAGCUGUACAAAUUCCGCCUCCAAGAAAUAUGGGGUCCAACUAGUGGGAACAAACCCCAGUGCUGGGUUACUGUCGGCCUCAUGCUUCCCGAAAUUGUGGCCAAGAUGCCGUGGACAAACAAAUUUCAAGUUGACCACGUCACAAAGACAGUCGGCAUUCCAUGGCAGGAAGGCGCAAAGGUAGACUUUGAGACUCGCGCCAUCGCCGAGCAAGUUGGGCUGGCGCGCGACAGAGACAGCUUCGAGAUCCUACGCAAGUGGCGCGACGAGCCGUACAAAAUCCUAGGGCUUCCGCACGCCGCCAGCGGGCGCCCGGAAGUGCGAAUGGCACGCGGCGCGAGCGCGCUUUUCGGGAUUCAUACAAUCGGGGUGCACGUCUUGGGAUAUACGCGCAGCGAGGACUCGAACGAAAUGAUGCUCUGGAUCCCGCGGCGUUCGCCGAACAAGCAGACGUUCCCGGGUAUGUUGGACAAUACGGUCGGGGGCGGCCUCACUGCCGGCGAGGACCAGUUCGAAUGUCUUCUUCGCGAGGCCGAGGAGGAAGCUUCGUUGCCCCGGGCCGUCGUGCGAACGUGCGCUUGCGCCGUCGGCGCGAUUUCCUACUUCUAUAUACGCGAUGAGAGAGCCGGGGGCCGUGGAGAGGUGGGGUUGCUACAGCCGGCGACGCAAAUAUUGUAUGAUCUGGAGCUGCCAAAGGACGUGAAGCCGGUUCCCUUGGAUGGAGAGGUGGACGAGUUCCUCCUCUGGACACCACAGCAGACUAUACAAGCGCUGUUAGAGGGGCAGUUCAAGCCGAAUAGCUCACUCGCUUGGAUUGAAUUUUUCAUCCGCCAUGGAUACAUCACUGCACAAAACGAGGACGACUACAUGGAAAUAGUGACGAGGAUUCACAGGAGGGUUUAUUUUUAGUUCCAGGU